AUGGCAUCGACAACAACCACCACCACAACUGCGACACCCGAUGUCCCAUCGUUGUUGCAAGCGACUGCGGCCAACAUUCAAGCCGUGGCGGCAGCGGCCAAUAUCCCAUUGCCAUCGUCGAUGAUGUCUUCUCUGGAAACCUUGGAGGGUCUCACAUCCUUGCAUUCCUAUCUACAACAAAUGGGAUUGGACGUUCCUCCAUUGCCCAAUCCUAAUAAUAAGAAUAAUAAUAAUAAUAAGGAAAAGGAAGCGAACCACGACGAGGAAGACGAUUCGGCGGAAGCCGUCUCGUACAAGAAGUACAAACCAGUCAAGGUCAAACUGGGAAGUCCGCAUCCCGAUCCAGUGGUGGAGAAUUCUACCCUUGCGGCCGUGGAACCUCCAGAUAUUCUUUACAAUUUGGCCAUUCCAGCCGAUGUGAUUGCAGGCAAACUUUCGGACUUGCAAUUGGAGGCUGUCUUGUAUGGAUGUCAGCGUCAUCAAAUGGAACUCCCCAAGAAACCAGAACCAGAAGAAGACCUGGAGAAUCAAGCUCCUCCUGCCAAGGAAGCAACAAACGCGUCUGCUGCUACUGCCAAUAAAAUGACCACUCCUCAGAAACCACCACCACCACCCGCUCGUGCUGGGUCCAAACGAAAAUCACCAGACGCCAAACCAAAAGAAGAAGCACCAUCCUUUCGCGCUGGAUUUAUGCUGGGCGAUGGUGCUGGAAUGGGAAAAGCCAAACGUGAUUUGCGAGACCUUGGACUGGAAACCUAUGCCCAAAAGAACUGUCAUUUACUCAAGAAUAUUACCCAAUCCAAGAUUCCUCAUGACGAAGGCCUCAUCUUUUCCACCUACAAGGCCCUGAUUGGGAAUACCAGAGGAACUUCAAGAAUGCACCAAUUGAAAGAAUGGUGUGGAGAAGACUUUGAUGGUUUGAUUUUGCUAGACGAAUGUCACAAGGCCAAGAAUAUUACCUUGGAUGCCAAUGGAAAAACUUGCAAUGUGGGAUCGGCGGAAUGCAGCAAGGCGGCGGCGGCCGUGGUGGAAUUGCAAAAUUGUUUGCCACGAGCACGAGUGGUCUAUUGUUCGGCGACGGCCGUGUCGGAACCCUUUUCGUUGGGGUUCAUGUCUCGAUUGGGACUAUGGGGGUAUGGCACGGAAUACCCAACUGGAUUCAAUCAAUUCUUGCAGAGUAUUCAGCGGCUGGGAUGUGGCGCCAUGGAACUCCAUGCUAUGCAUCUCAAGUCCAAGGGUGCCAUGGUGGCUCGGACUCUGAGUUACGAAGGUUGCGAGUUUGCAGCCAUUUCGAACAUUAUGAAUGCUGAGAGUGAAAAGUUUUAUGACAAGUCGGCAGAACUGUGGGGGGAAAUGCACGAUGCCCUAGUCAAUGAAAUGGCCCAACGAAGGGAUCGAGCUGAAUAUGAAAAGAAGCUCAAAUGGGCGCAAGAAAAGGGUGACACCUUUUUGGAUGCGGAAAUGCUGGAAAAACAACAGCUCUAUGCCGAUAGUGACGAUGAAGACGAGGAAAUGACAGAAGCGGAAGUGCAAGCCUCCAUGUAUCGCAAGGAAGUACGACAGAGAAAAGCUGGUAUAAUCAAAAGUGUAUACUGGGGUGCCCAUCAGCGAUUCUUUCGAAGUCUUUGCAUUGCUUCCAAGGUGGAUGCUGCUAUUGCGGAAACGAAAGCAGCUCUAGAGGAUGGCAACUGUGUCAUCAUUGGACUUCAAUCGACUGGUGAAGCGAGAACGAAGGAUGCUGCAAAGCAGGCUGGUUCGAACGUGGCUGCAGACGGCGAACUAUUCUUUGAGGACUACAUUUGCGACAGCAAGGAGGGCAUUCGACGUGUGCUCAUGAAUAUAUUUCCACUUCCGCCCAAGCCGAAGGGUGUGGUUCCUCCAGACUUUCUAACCCAAAAAGCUUUUGACGAGUCCUCGGAUGACAUUGAGGAGCUGGAUGCGAAAAAGUCCGAGUUCAAAGCAGUCAAGAGUCCGGAGCUGAAGGCAAGAUCAAAGAAGGGUCGAAAGCAAGAUUCCGCCAAACGGGGUUGGAUGGAUUCAAAUAUUGAUGAUUUGUUCUCGUCGGAUGAAGAAAUCGAGGAAAUAAUAUUCAAGCCAAUGAAAUGGGACGAACUUUCGUUGGAGUAUACUUCCAAUUCUCCUGCCGCCAAGCGACGGACCAAUUAUCGCAGGGCCUGUGAACAACUGAAGCGGUGGUUCGAAGCCGUCGAUGAGCUUGACUUGCCACCAAACCCGCUAGAUCGGCUUCUGAAUGAACUCGGUGGACCAGACAAGGUAGCUGAAAUGACGGGCAGAAAAACCAGACAAGUGGAACGAUACCACUUGCUGAAGGAUAAGACUUUGAAGGUAUUCGAGAAGCGACUUCCGGAAAAUGGUCGAAUGGACGAGAUCAAUAUCGAAGAACGGCAGAACUUUCAACGUGGAAGGAAACUUGUAGCUAUUUUGUCCGAGGCUGCCUCAACUGGCGUUUCGCUUCAGGCCGACAAGCGCGUGAAGAAUCAACGGCGUCGCGUCCAUAUUACAUUGGAGUUGCCUUGGUCGGCAGACAAAGCCAUCCAGCAAUUAGGCCGAUCGCAUCGGUCCAAUCAAAAAUCUGCCCCCAUUUACAAAUUCCUAAUCUCCAAGGUCGGUGGUGAAGCACGUUUCGCUUCUGCAGUUGCUCGACGACUUCAGAGUUUGGGUGCUCUUACCCAAGGCGACCGCCGAGCAACUGGAAGUGCGCAGAAGCUGGGCUUGGGAGAGUUUGAUCUAGACAAUGAACACGGUAGUCGAGCUCUUACAACUAUGGUCUGUGCCAUCGAGGCAUGUCAAUUUGAGUCUCAGCAUACCGUUGAAAUGCCAGAGUUGCCAGUAGAAGAAUGUGCUUUGGCACUCGCUAGAUUUGAUGCCAUCCUUGAAAAAAUCAAAUCUUAUCGAGAAGAAGACCGCCCCGAUGAUUGGUCAACGUGUCUUAGCUUUGCAUGGGCAAAUAGUGACCUUCCACCAAGCGACAAAAGAGACUUUGAAAUGAUCAGCCGUGUUUUUCGAACGAAUAAUGGAAGAAGCUUUGCUACUUGGCGGGAAGAAGCAUUGGCAAAUGGCCAAAGCUGUGCUGAAAUUGCUGACAAAGGAUACAAUCCUGACGACGCUGAACCGGUCCAGGAACAACUUGCUGUUUCGAAGGAACACGGUUUUGUGCUUCCACUAAUUUGCAACAUUCUGUUCCAUGAUGUCGGUCUGGAACCCAAAGAUCUUCGUCGGACCCGACACACCCGAACAAAAGGGGGAGAGUCCUUGAUCCCUCGAUUCUUCAAUCGAGUUCUUGGGUGGAGACUCUCAUGUCAAGAGGUGGUUGCAACCUUGUUCUAUGAGACACUACGAGCAGUGAUUAGAGAAGCAAAGCAAAAGGGACAUUUUGAUCUUGGAAUCAAGGAUCUUUCAGGACGAGAAAUUCAAUUCGAUAGCGCGCCGAGAUGUUUUCGAUUCAAAGGCCUGGAUGCUCCCGACGAGGCAAUUUUGCUUUACAAUGUGCGACUUGAUCGCGGCAUCCCAGUGGACUUGGCCAAAGAAUUGUACGACGACGCCAUGCGGAAUCGCGAUCUGCUCCAUGACAACAAGGAUGACGAAGACGAUGGCUGGCUGAUAACAGGCCGACGGGCAAAAAUCAAGACUGGAUUUUACAUUGACGGUCGAAAAGUGUACAAGAAGAGUCCAAAAGUAUUUCUUGUCAUUAAUCAGCUGUCCGUAUCUUUGGACCGUCGUGUAAUCGUGGUCAGACCAAACGCUGGAAAAGGGUUCCGAGAAGCGUCUAAUGUUUUUGACGACAUCCACAUCAAAAAGCAUUGGAAACCAUGUGAUACAAAGGCCAAAGUCGACAGGGCUUUGAAGGCAUGGAAGAAAGAAUUUGAGUGUGCUGACAUCUCCAACGACAAAUACUACCAACAUUCAUGUAAAGGCCGCCAUUCGAACAUGAUGAUCCUAUCGGGCCAUAUCCAACCAUUUCUCGAUUCAAUUAUCAAUCUUUACAAUACAAGGAAUAAUAGGCUCAAGAUUCCAAAGGUUGUGCGAGUUCAGACUGGUGAAAAUGUGAACAUUGCCUUGUCCAAUGAGGUGGAAGUAGUCGACGAAAACGGGAUGAAAAUGGAAGUCGAUGAGGAGUGCGCUAGCGACGAUGAGUUUGACGAACUACUUGCAGAAAGCACUGCCGUAGAAAGGAGCAUCGACUACCUAUCAGAUGGGGCUGGAGUCGCAUGGGAUAUCAAUGGGAAUGGACUGACUCGCGGGCAGAUUAUACAGCGCCGUGCCGACGGUAAUUUUGUUGUGCGAUUUGUGAAUGGCAAGUGUUACAAGUUCGACCCCCGCAAGACAAAGACAGCCAGAGAGAAUUUCGAAUCGGAGUUCAAGAAGUUGACUGCGUCUGGUAUGAACGCUAUGUUUGUCAGUUCGAUCACCGAGACGAUUAGCCACGCGCACCACAAAUCUCACUUUGAAGAUGCUCCUAUUCUGAGCAUCGAAGAAGACAAUGACGAAGCACCUGUGGAGCAGCGCUACGAAAUAAAGUUCAAAGGCGAGAUUCCAAAAUCGAUAAUCGGCUUUCACCUUGACAAUUUCUACAACUCCAAUAGCUUUGGCGAAAAGGAACCUUGGGAACACGUGAUUCAAGGACUUGCACAGCGGAGAGCUCAAUCUGGGGAGAUGACUACCCGUGCGUUGCACCAGCUUGCAAAAGCAGAGCGGGGCGUCAACGGGAGACAACCAGUUGUUUCGAGCAACAAGAAACAGAAGUCACCAUGA